GAAACACCGCAAAAAUUGGGCUUAGACUGGGAAGAAGCCCACAGAACCCAAACUUUGACUGGCAAGAGGCACAAGUGAAAUGGCCAGAGACACAGUCUAAGAAAAGGUUUGGCAUAUCAGAGAGGCAGGCAAGGGGAGAUUUAGGGUUGCCAGUAAAGGACCGAAAAGGAAAGUUUGAAAACCUAGAGACACAGGCAAGGGGAAAGUCUGUCAAACUAGAAAUACCCACCAAGGGAAUACUUGACAAAUCAGAAGCACAGCCAAAAGGGGAAUUAGAGUGGCCAAAAAUGGAGCCAAAGGAAACAUUAGAAUGGCAUGAAACAGAUCAAGCAGAAAAAUUGACCUGCUCAGAGCUUUUGCAGAGAGGAAAGGAUGAUUGGCCAGGUGCUCAGCAAGAUGACAGCCUUACUGUUCUAAGAGAAAAGUCCUCAUUAAAACAUGAAAAUAUUAGUUCCGAGGCUUUGUUAAAGACAGACAGAGAGAAGAAGUGCAAGCUAUCUUCCUGUACUUCCUGUGUGUCAGAUCAGAAUGACAAUGCCAUACUUACAUGUGGAAAGCUUGUCGUUGAUCACAUUAUUGAUCGUCUUUUUUCCGCCAACAUGUCCAAUGGCUGUCACAAUGAGACCCACACAGUCUCGUCUCAGAAUAUUGAAAAUGCAUGCCAGGUGAUAGAAAAAAUGACCAAAUGUAGUACGAGUGAUGGUCAUGAUGUAGGGAUGCUCUUGAGUGAAGUAUCUCACGUGCCUGAGAGACUUGUGGAGAAGGUUAUAAAGGAAGUAUCUCACUUGCCUGAGAGACUGGUGGAGAAGGUUAUGAAGGAAGCUGAUAGCCUUGACCUGAAGAACAUGACUACAGCCUCAGUCAGCAAUGCAACUGUAAAUAGGAUUUCCUCUCAAGAUGACAUUGUUUGCUCCAGGCAGACUGUGCUGGAUUCCUUGCAGAACCAGGAGGCAGGAGUUAGUUGUGAUGCAAGCCAGGAGACAGUUGUAGCUAUUUGUGAGGCAAGUCAGGAGACAGCUUCAAUUGUUUUUCAUGACACAACUGCAGCAAUUUCUCAUGCAAACCUGGAGACAGCUGCAGUCAGUUGUCAUACAGACCAGGAGGGAGUCCCAACUGUUUGUCAUACAAGCCAGGAGAUAGCCCCAGCUGUUUGCCACGCAAGCCAAGAGACAAUCCCAGUCUUGCAUAAGGACCAGAAGAUGUGUCAAAUCUCCUUUAAAGUAUCAUCGCAGAAAGAGAGGGAUCGUAAAAGUUCUUUCAUAUUGAAAGAAUCCAGUUCUGUGCCCUCCCUGAAAGAUGAAGUCCCUGCAGAUGUCAUUCAUGAUGAAGAUGCUGAUACGUCAACUCAACCUGUGCGCAAAUCGCGGCGAAGAAAUAGAGGUCAGCGCUAUCAAGAGCUGAUCAAAGAAGGCAUCAUACAGCCUUCGAAAGAGAGGCUGGCCGCUCGCAAGAUGGAAAUGAGUAGUGCAUCCUCCGGCACUAGCACAAAGCCUGAUGAUAUGAUAGAUGACAGAGGCUACCCACCUGGAAGUGUCCUGAGGCCAGCAUUGGAAACAGAGUGUACUUUUCCUGAUUCUCAGCGUUAUCGUACAGGGGACUUUGACCUUGAAGCAGAGAUUGCAACAUUGCCUCCAUGCUCCCUUGAUCAAGUGUCUCGACGGCGUCUGAUACGAAGAUGCAGCGAAAGUGAAAGCACCAAACGACCAGCAUGCCCUUCCUCUCCAGAGAAAGACGAAAUAGCCUGUGUACCCUUGACCUCUUUAUCAUUCAGGGCACAGCCUCAUCCUCAGUCGACAAAGUCUGAACCUCUUAUUGGCAGCCAGAAACGCAAAGCUCGCAAACGUUCUAUUAGCCGGCUACUGCCAAUCUCAUGUGAUUCAUCUGGAACUGCAUUCUCCCACAGCCUCAGCACACAAAUUCCUUUGGUUCGGGAUGCCACUGCAGCCCCAUGUGAAACGGAAAGAGCUUUGGCUGCAAUGGUCACCAGCAGGUCACAGCCUGUGUUGACAGCAUCGCGUAAAGACAGUUCUGUAAAGAUCCUCAGGCAGGCUAGUGGCAGUGAGCUGAUGCCACAAAAGCCAGUUGUCUGUCAGGACAGUGACACAAGUGCAUUAUACCUUGGUGAGGAAAACGAUCAUAAAGCAUGGUACAUGGAAACUUCUGGGAGUAAGGUUUCGGAAAGUAGUGGUGGAAGACUGAAGCAGGGGAGGAAAGUGGAAAGAAUAAAUGAAAACAAACAAAAUCCUGAAGACUGGCCUGAAAGAGCUGAUGGUUGGGUGAACGAAGUCAAAGUAAGAGAAGGCAAGCAAGAUAGUGAAGAUGAUAAAUUUCUUGCAAAAAGUACACAGCAAGAAACUGAAGGGCUAGGGAUACUACCAGAAAAUAUGCAGCAAGAGCAAGAAGCUGAAGGCAAGACAGCUGCAAAGUUCAGAUCUACUGCAACUGUUUGCGGCUUGAAUACAGACAUGGAUUGUGUGCAGUAUGCUUCCCAUUUGCAUAUGUGUGCUAGUGCUCAUGGUGAUUUGGACAAGUCAACAGACAACUCUGUCUGUGAUGAGCUAAAUGGCACCAGCAAGUCUUUUCAGGAAAGCGAGAUCUCAGACAUAUCUCAUGUUUGUGGCUUUGAAAGAGAAGGUCUCAGUUGGAGACCACAACCUGUUUCUAAUGAAUUAGAGCCCCGGAGUUCUGGAGAGCAGCGCUUUUCGCAUAUUGUUGAAGAUAGAGAUAGCCUAGACUCCACAGCUGAUGGGGUUUUGGUGAAAUAUCAGAGUGACAUUUCUGGAUCAAAUCAAGUAAAAUUAAGUUGGCAUACAAAAAAUGUAGAUAGUUUAGAGCUGGUUAGAUCUUAUGAUUUUCCAGACGAGAAGAGCGUUGGGGGUUCAGGGUUAGUUCUGCCAUUGAGCGGCACUGGUAGUGUUGGUAUUACUGCUGCCAGGGCUAAUGCUGUUGGUAAACUCGACUUCUGUAAUCAAUCAGCAGAUGGCGGGUGUACACACGUGGAGAUUGCAGAAAGAGAUUGUAAUACUUCUGCCAAUGAAGAAAGUGAUAAAAUGGGAGGGAGGUGGCUAUAACAUCAAGAGAGACACUGAAAGAUGACACAGUUAAGGAUGAUGCAUCGUCAAGGAUUGACAGCAAUAGUAAAGAUGACAGUGUCAGAUGUUCUAUGCAAGUUCAGGAUGACUUGAUGGCAUCUCAGAUCACCUUAAUGCCUUCUGGUCAGCCUGUAACCAACACAGAUCACAGCACAGAAUGGUUUGCUUCUAGUAGCAGGGAGAACUACUGUGGGGGCUGCAUGGGGGUGCAGGUGUCUACCACCAUCACGUCGCCUUCCAUUCCUUCUCACUUCCAUGCAGGAUCACUGUCCUCUGUGCCAUGCAAUGUUGCUGUAGAAAUUUCACCCUUGCCACCAUCUUCAGGGAGGAUGACCUCACCUUUAACAACAACAGUUCUGAGUCGAACACCUGCUGAGUUGCGUGUGAUCAAGGAGGAGGUGGUAGCAGAUACCCCACUUACUGCUCCUCUUCUUUGCCAGUCUUCACUUCCAGGCUCCCCAUCUGUAGCAGUGGUCCAUUCCUGACAUUGGUGUCCCCCAACUUUCUUGGGUUUAUGAUGUUAUUGUCUUUGUGAUUGUUAUGGAAUGCAAGGGCUGCAGUGGUAUGACCAAUGUGAACAUUCAGAUGGAAUGCUGUGAAAUGCACAACAGCUAAUGUAGAGAGAAAAAACCUGGUAGGAUGCUGCAAGUGAUUGUUAGUAAAAGGCAUCCUACAGAUUGGACAUUAAAAGAACUUGUGAUGGUUUCAUCAUCAUGACACUUCUUCGUUUAUGUGUUAAGAUGCUGAAAUGAUUGUUAAUAAAAGAGAUUGUAUAAAUUUGAUGUUAGAAGGACUUUUGUGAUAAUAAUGGAUGUGGGAAUUCAAGAUUGAUUAGUCAAAAUGUGAUGUCAAGAUCAAUAUAUGAGUGAUGCAUUUCCAUAUAGUCCACCAUCUACCUAUGUAUAAGUGAUAGAUAUAUGCUAGUAUUUUCAUAUGCUAUAUGUGUCCAGUGAGUUAAGUACUUAAUAACCUUAAUCUAUUCAGUAAGUGUGGCAGGAGUGAAUGAGGUAUUUGAUGUGUUUGCAGGAGUGAAGUUGAACUGUGUGUUUUGAGUGAGUGAAGCAUUGGACAUUAUAUACUUUGUUUAGAGACAGCACAAUAUUAGACUUGCCAAACUGCUUAGGGAGAGAGGAAAGUGGGAAUUGAUGUUUUACGUUUAGCUGGCAAUUAAGGCUAUAUCACUGCAAGGCAGCUGCUUCUAUAAAAUGAAUUUGUGACAGACACUAACAGCUAUUGCGCCAUUGGACUGCCCUGCAUAGGGUGACAGAGGUGUUGAAAAUGGAAAACUUCAUUUUAGGAGUAUUGAGCUGAAUUCUUUUUGGUGCAAGACAUAAUAGAUUGCUUGAACAAAACAUGUCAGAAGACCUGCCUUUAGGUCAUAAACAUAAAUGUGCCAUUGGCUGAAUUCAUCAGCAGCUGAUAUUGAGUGCAGGAUAUACCAAAAGAUGAUCUGGCAGCACCCAGUGCAAAACAUUUAGGAAUUUUGUUAAUAAUGUGCAUUUUAAUUUUAAAUGAUAUUGAUAUUUUAGUUUUGCUUUAUAAAAUUACCUGUGAAAGGUACAGAAAUAUAUGGACAUAUUUGUGACUGAAGUGAGUUUAAGGUUCAUAUGAAUAACAUUUGAACUGCGCCAGACAGAAAUUAUGAUUGACAGUCUUGAAGAGAGAUUCAGUGAUGUUUACAAAAAGAAUCCGUGUUUGCAGUGAACUAAACCAUGAUGAUAGUUUGGUCAGCAAGAAAGAGUGCAGUAGAAAAACAUUUGAGAUAUGUUAAGAUUGACAUGAUAGUUAUUUCCAUCAUCUACAGGUGUCAGAGCUGAUAUGACACCUGUAGAAUAAUCAGCUAAGUAGGUAUACGGCCACACAGCACUUCAAGAACUGAGGAAGCCUUUGUAGUGUGAGUGUGCACAUAUAAAAAUGUGCAUCCACAUGUGAUUGGCAUUUGUUGACAGAUCUGUUCCUACUUGCAACGGUAGUCCUAAAUGUAUUUCUGUGGGUUUCGUACAGUUUUAAAAAGUGUGAUGUGUGCUGUAUGUAUACAGUCAGCAGUGUUCAGGAAUGUGUUUCCUGUAGGCUCUGUGCCUCCAGAUUAGGUUCAGCCAGCUAUGUGCAGAAGAGAGCAGGAAAAGUUUUGUCAGGUGGGUUGUCAGUGUAGGGUGUGUGUAUAUUGGACAGUUGUAUAUAUUGCAUUGCUUGCUACCAUAUGUAUAUACAGAAUGCUUCAUUUGACAAUUGAUAUGUGACAUGCUUUGUUUGUACAGCAUUGAAUAAGUGGGUCCUUUGGGAUGUAUAUUUGGAGUUAAACCUGCGAGAUGUGUUAGGGAGAUGUGAGUGAUGCAUAUGAGAUUUGUGUUGUAUUGAGUGGUACCUGGAUGCAUUGUGAGUGGUCUCUAGUGAGAUGUGUAUGUCAGAGGUGAGAUGUGUUAUAGUGAGUUAGGCCUGUGAGACAUGUGUUGCAGUAGUUCCUACGAGAUGUGUUGUAGUGAUUGGUGCCCUGUGAGAAGUGUGUUGAGUGGUGCCUGUGAGAAGUGUUGUAGUGAGUGGUGCCUGUAAGAAGUGUCUUGUUCUAGAAUGAAGGGAUCAACAGAAAUAUACAGAUGCUAGUCAUGAUGAACGUGUUUAUGGCUGUAUUUAAUUAUUGUUGGCAUAAAAUUUGUUAACAGAAUUUUAUCAUGUUGCUGACAUUUAACAGUUGCUGAAUGUAUGUUGACAUGUUAAGUGCCAUUUGUAAGGUCAUUAAGAUCAAUAUAUGAAAUGGAUGUCAUUGGGUUUAAUGCUGUUUAUAUUCUAUUUGUUGUGUGCACACACCUGUUAAUGUGUCUAUGACUGUUGAUCAUAUUUGUAACGUUGGAUGUUUUCUUUUGUUCCAUUAAAAUAUGUUUCCAGAUAUUUUUACUUUUCAUACUCUGCAUUCUUGAUCUGAUUUCAAAAUUUUUUAUCAAUUGCAGCACAAUUUAUAAACUUUGAAAUACAUAAGGAUAAUUUGUUAAUUGGUGUAACAACAUGAAGUUCUGGAAUUUUUUCAAGAACUAGUGCUUCGCCAUAGAAGCUGAAAUUAUUAAAUACUAUAUGCUUUUGGCUUUUCUUGCAACAUUUUAAGUGGAAGAAAAUGCAUAAGAAAACUUGUUUUUACCCUAAAUGUAUUUGUCAGCAGUGAUAAUAUUGGAAAGCAAAACAAAGUCACAACAAAUUUUGCAGGUAUGUAUGAAAUUCCUCCUUAAGUGCAAUAAGGUAUGCAGCAAAUGUCCAUCUGUGAUAGCUUGCUUGCUUAAGGAUAAAAUAAGCAUUGAGACAGGCAGAAAAUAUUAAAAUUAUACCUUAUUGCACAGUAUGUACAAUCAAACAUCAUUAAACUGCAUUUAUUUACUUAUUCACAUUUAUGCCACUAAUUUAAAUAAUAUCACUCAAAGCAAAAAAAAAAAUUAGUCUUGUUUGAAGGAUGGCCUAUUAGAUAUAUUCGCAUGCCAUAUUUAAAGUAUUGGCCAAGAUACAGAAGAAAGCUAAAAUGGUUGACUCUCCCCUUGUUUUAGGUAGGUCCUCAAGUAAAGGGUGUCCUUAAUUCUCUAUAGACUGUCAUAAAGCUAAUAAAUGGCAAUUGAGCUUUUUGUUGUAUGCCUUCUCAGUGCUUGUAUUCUGUACUUGACCACUGUAUUUACAUACUUGUACUCUUGAUUACAAAGCUUGCGAUGCACCCAAGGAAAGCCACUAAAUUGUUAUGUAUAUUAGGUGACGUCACCCAUGUGCAAUGUGUAAAGAAGAAACCCCAUUUAUUUCUCUAGUUGAUUUUUGGGUUAUAGCUGCAUAAUGCUUGUGCAAGGUCUACUGUGUGCUUCGGCUGCCAGGUCAUCACCACUGAGGGAGCUAACUUAAAGGGAAGCCAUGUACAUUUGUAAAAAUAUGUGUUGAGAACUAUUGUAUUAGAAAUAAGUAUUUGAUUUUUAUUUUGUUGUUGAUGCCCAUAAUAGUAGCAGAUUUAAGCAGACAAAACAUUGUUAUCUUUGUCUGUCAUAAAUGACAGUGGAUUGGCUGAUUGGGAUUGUAGUGGUUGACAAUGAAUGGAACUGCAGGUGCCAUUUAACUUGUGGUCAUGGAAACUUACAGAAAAUUUCAAAAAGGGAAGGGUGCUAAUCAGAUAGACGAAACCUGAAAACAGAAAUAGAGUGGGCUUGAGGCUAGUGGUGUGGCCUGAUAAACAGGCUUGCUUGAUGCUAGACACUGUGUUUUCUCACAACCUUUCCCUCUUUUGUCUUCUCAAUCAGCAUCUAUGGUGCGUCUUUACAGCUUACAGAUGGAUGAACUUAAUAUUAAAAUCGCAAGGCAUAAUUUUUUGGACAAAUGUAAUACUGGGGGCUUAUACCAGAAAUGUGUAUUUUUCUUCAUAUUAUGCUCUAUAUCGGUCAUGGUGAUACAUCAGUGUAACAGCUGCUCUGGUGGAAAAGAUGAUGCCUUGCAAGUUGAAGACUAUACUGUCCCAUUGUGGAAGGGAUGUGCAGCCAUGCAUACAGAACCACUUUAUUGAGGUGAUCUUUGUAAGUGGUCAGAUAUUUAAGUGAUUAUAUGUACAUUCUAAGGUGAUGCAAAUAAAUAACACUGUAUAUACUAUUAGAUAUUCAAGCAAUAUAUAUAAAUUUAAAGUAAGUAUAUAGUGUAUAGAUUUUAACUAUAAACACAAAAAUGAAGCAAUACAUUUGAUGGAUUUCACAUACAUUUCAAUGGAAAGUGUAUAGAUGUUAAUAUAUUAUAAAUACAAGCACAUUAUGUGUUUAUUGUGUAUAAGGAGGUGGUGGCACAUAGACUGAGGAAUGUGAUUGUACUAGAUUUAGAGAUGACCUAACCCAGCAUCAGGUGAGAUUAGCUUUGUGAGUGUUGGAAACACAAAGGCUUGUGGACAUUGUAUUUUGACAUUCAUGUUUAAUGCAGGAAUAGUUUUGUUGGUGGUGCAUUAGGAAUGAUGCUGUAUAAUUUUCAUAUGGAGCCCUAGGUAAUGCCAGGGCAGUUAACUAUGUCACAUCAAAGUAUGCAAUCUCUGUCAAGUGUUGCCAUUUGUAUUUAAAUCAUUAAGUGAUGUGUAAUGAUGAAGUGUUACUGAAAGUGAUGUCAUAUACAUGCAAUGUACUGAAGUGCAUCACUAUGUUAAAGGAUUGUUAAUGCAUAUAUAGAAUGGUGUUUUGUGUACAUGGUUGCAUAAUGGCAUAUGUACAGCAGUCAAGAUUAUAAAGCUGAUGUGUACAGGUAUAAAGGAUUGUUGAUGCAUAUAUUGAGCGGUUUUUGUGUACAUGUACAGCAAACAAGAUUAUGAAACUGUAUGGUGUAAAGCAGAUUGGGUAUCCGCUGUUCUUUGUGCUGGAACAAGUAGAUCAUUUUCAACAAGGAGAAAAGAGCAAACGUUUGAUCACUUUGAUGCUUGAUUUUGUGAGGUCUUUUUCCAUUACACAGGAGAAUGAGAUGGAAUACUAUGUGCUCUAUAGUGACAGUACAGGUAUUGUUGGCUAAAUCCUAUGGAAAGGGUGAAAAAGAUGACUUGCAUUUUUUUUCAUUUUGCAGAAACUAGUAGCAUUUGAAGUUAUCUUUUGAAUUAAUAAAUUUUAUAAGAACUUA